AUGAUAUACACCAGAGCAAGGAUAAAGACUUUAAAUGAGCAUAGUAAAGAAUAUUGUGUAAGAAAAUGUGAUGGUUUAUUAGAAGUGAAUUAGAAAAUUUAUACAAAAAACAAAAAUAAUACGUAUAAUUUUUAUAUAUAAGAAUAUUAUUAAGUGUAUUAUUAAAUAAUCACAUUUAAUGGUUACUUAUUGAUUAUUUUUUAUUUAUUGGUGAUGAGAUUUAUGGGAAGCGACAGAUGA